AGCGCGGAGUUUCAGUGUUAUUGGAAUCUGCUCGUUUGAGAUUUGUUUAAGCCACCCACCAUGGAUGUGAAAGCUUUAGCGGUUCUGGCUCUGCUGCUGCUGACAACGUGCAUCGACUUAUCCCAAGAAAAACCCUUCAGCUUAGCUGAGAAAUGCUGGUGCAGAAGCACAGAGAAAAACGUGAAGAAGCACAUCAUCAGACAGCUGAAGUUUUUGAAUGUACCUAACUGCCCACUGCAGGUUAUUGCUACCCUGAGAAACUCCAAACAAGUGUGCCUUGACCUUGAAAUUAAGUGGCUGCAACAAUACCUGCAAAAUGCACUUAACAAAAUUAAAAAAGGAAGAACAGAUUGAACAAUUGCUGGAUUACAGCAACAUUAGGAGAUUUUCUGGCAGCAUCUUCUGAUGUAAUCUCAUCUGGACUGCUUUUUACACUUAACUGCCUUAUCUGCACCUUGAAAUGGUUUCCUGGCAUUUACAAUGGCACUGCUAUAACUGGUGCAAAAAUGCAAUUUAUAAAUACAUAUAUUUGUAUGUAGAAGAAUUUAUUUUUAAAUGUAUAAGUCAGAUCAGUGAUCUGUACCACAUUUAGUUGCUCAGUAUUGAAUGAAGGGGACCUUUUUAAUGCUUUGAACGUAAGCAACUUAAGCCAUGUGCUCCUGUGGACAAUAAAACAGCAACAAUGUGAAAUAAUGAAAUGAUAAGAGAGGGACCUGAAAAUUCUAGAUUGACAGUGAAAAGGUAACUUCAAGAUUUUGGCUAGAAACCAUGCGCUCCAUUACACCUGAAAGGACACAACUCUUGUAAUUGGACUCCUUAAAAGCAGUUCUGUCAUUUCAUCCCCCUCCCCAGAUACUGAAGUCUGUAGCAUGUUGCCCCCCCUUUAGAAGGAAGAAGGAAAAAAGCACAACUGUUCGUUUUUUUUUUUUUUUUAUAUAUAAAUGUUACAAUGCACAAUUUACUCCUGAUCAUAUCUGUCUAUGAAGUUCUUGACUGUUUUUAAGCUGGUCCACUCCGAGGACUCUUUGAUACGCUUUACUUGACAUGAUUUUGUUUUUCACUUUGCUAACACAAAUACAUCAGUCUGUGGUUUUGGCUGUUUAGGGAUGGAAUGCAGAUAAGGUGGUCACAGCUUUUGCUCAUGCACCACACCUCAGUGUGAAUCUGCUUAGCUGUUAAACUUUUACCAUGUAGCAGUCAUGAAUUAUUCAUUUCAGGGAAAAAGAGCAAAUGGCCAUAUUUACAAGCAGAUACUGGUGGUUUUUCUUUCUUUUUUUUGUUUUUUUUUUGUUUGAAGCGCUUUUUAAAAUUUUUUAUUUUUCUAAUAACUGAUUUAUAGAAGGUGGAAAAUAACUUUUUAGUAUAAUUAUACUGAAUGUAUUUUGUAUGAAAUCUAUAACUUCAUAAAAUGAAGGUAAUCCCAGAAUGUGGACAAUUAAAGUCUACUUUUGUGAAAUCUUCUCUAUCCUCAUUGUAGUCACUAAUUUGUAUAAUUACUUCAAGACCAAACCCUGCAACAUAUGCUUAAUCAAGUCUGAAGUGCUUCGCAUACAGUCCUGGCAAAAAAAAUAAAGCUCAAUAAGUGAGUCAAGGCUUUGAUAAUAAAAGUUAAGAACAAUGUUUAAAUAGUUAGACAGAAGAAGUAUCUGAAGAAGGCCAGCAGUUAUUAUGUGUUUGUACCUUUUGUUUCGCAUUCUAUAUUUGCUAAAAUAUAACUACAUUUGCAACCUGAAGUUAUUAAAACACAUUUAGUACAUUUUA